CUCAGUCUCACAUUAAUUACUGAAAAAGAUACUUCGAAUCUGGAAAUAUGUCCCAAACUGUUGAAAAUGUCAGUGAAUCUUUUAAAAAAUUCGGUUCAAUUGAUUAUGCAGUUUUCAUCUUAAUGCUUAUCAUUUCUGCGUUGAUCGGAUUAUAUUUUGGUUAUAAAGAUCAUCAGAAGCAGAAGUUCAAUCGAUUCAAAUCACGUCGUGGCUCAGUGGAACUUGAAUAUUUACUGGGCGGAAAAAAUGUUCAAGUCUUCCCAGUUGCAAUGUCAUUGGUGGCUACAUUUGUUUCUGGAAUCACAUUACUUGGUACAAGCACAGAAAUAUAUAUUUAUGGUAUUCAAUAUGCUUACGUAAUGGCUGGGCCCUUGUUUUUGGGGAUUUACAUGCACUACAUCAUUAUUCCAGUCUUCUACGAGUUAAAAGUUGUAAGCAUGUUUGAGUAUUUAGAAAGACGCUUUGAUAUGAAAUUACGUCUUUUUGGCUCUGUAGUAUUAUCGGUGUCAACAAUUACAUGGCUCCCAAUAGUCGUUUACGUUCCAGCUUUGGCCUUCAAUCAAACCACAGGUGUAGAUAUUCAUAUUAUUACACCUGUUGUCAUGUCUGUUUGCAUAUUUUAUACACUUUUGGGUGGAAUAAAAGCUGUAAUCUGGACAGAUGUCAUUCAAAUUGUUAUCAUGUACAUAGUCAUGGUACUUGUGAUGAUCAAAGGGACAGCAAACAUUGGUGGUCUUAGUGCUUUAAUAGAUAUUAACAUGGAAGGUGACAGAUUUGAGACUCCAGAUUUCCGAAUAGAUCCAACAAUUCGUCACACAUUUUGGAGUUUGUUUGUUGGAGGUGGCUGGUAUUGGAUUAUUUGCAAUACAAAUCAAAGCGUUAUACAACGUUUUCUAGCACUUAAGGAUGAGAAGACAGCAAAGAAAGGUUGCAAAAUUUAUGUUAUUGCAAUCACUAUUCUCAUUUUUAUGUGCAUUUAUAACGGUCUUCUUCUUUAUGCUACAUAUCAUGAUUGUGAUCCUUUGACGACUAAACUGGCCAAGGCAAAUGACCAGUUGGUACCACUUUUGGUAAUGCAAAUUUUAAAGGAUAUUCCUGGUCUUCCAGGUUUGUUUAUUGCUGGGGUUUUCUCAGCUGCUUUAAGCACCUUAUCAUCUAAUCUCAAUUCGAUGGCAGCAGUUGCACUUGAAGACUACUUCAAACCGGUGUUUAAAAAUAAAAUUUCGGAAACAAUGAGUGGAUUUGUAAUGAGAGGCACAGUUCUUAUUAUUGGUGUUCUCUCAGUAGCACUCGUGUAUGUUGUUCAACACCUUGGUUCAGUUUUAGAACUUUCAAUGAGACUUCCAGCUGCUUGUGUUGGAGGAAUGUUUGGAAUUUUUACAAUAGGAAUGUUUUUACCAUGGAUUGGAAAACGAGCCACAUUUUAUGGGGCUUUAGUAUCUUCAGCUGUAAUGACAUAUAUUGUUGUUAGAUCACAGCUAGACUUGGCACGAGGUGUUAUUGGAUAUGAAACAAAGUCGACUUCUGUAGAAGGGUGUCAAUAUAAUUUUACUUUGAUUGAAAAUCUCUCCAAGCCAAUUCAUGACGACGAAAUCGCCGGCCAAUUUCAUCACAUGUCUUACCUUUACUACAUGCCGUUCGGUGCUAUGAUCGGAAUUGUUUCUUCAGUAAUUCUGAGUAUGUUUUUUGGCUUCGAAGAUCCCAACAAUGUUGAUUCGAAACUUCUAGCACCGAUGGUUAGAAAAUAUUUUCAAUCUAAUAACAAGAAAAGUGUUACUAAACAUAAUGAAGAAAAAGAAAUGAUUACGAUUAAGUUUGAAGACAUGAAAAACCAAAUGGAAUGA